CUCUCCUCUCCAACCCCAUCUCUAAUCAUGGCUUCCUUCAACAUCUUAUCUCUCCUCCUCCUCUCCAUCCUCUCCAUUUCCGCCGCCGACGUCCUCCAACCCGACUGCGGUUCCUGCUCCCAACCCACCCCCGCCGUCGACCCUAAACUGCCCCUGCCCCCCGUCAACGUCCCCAAGCUUCCCGUGCCCGUCCCCAAACUGCCCGUGCCCCCAGUAGCAGUCCCCAAGCUGCCCGUGCCACCAGUAGCAGUACCUAAGCUUCCUGUGCCACCAGUAGCAGUACCUAAACUGCCAGUGCCACCUGUCGCAGUACCUAAGCUGCCCGUGCCACCAGUAGCAGUACCUAAACUGCCAGUGCCACCUGUCGCAGUGCCCAAGCUGCCCGUGCCACCAGUAGCAGUACCUAAACUGCCAGUGCCACCUGUCGCAGUGCCCAAGCUGCCCGUGCCACCAGUAGCAGUACCUAAACUGCCAGUACCACCAGUAGCAGUCCCAAAACUACCCCUGCCACCGGUAGUGGUCCCCAAACUGCCCCUACCGCCAGUAGCGGUCCCCGAACUGCCCCUGCCACCGGUAGCAGGGACACCAAAGAAGGGCAAGAGCGGAUGCCCGCCGCCGCCGAAAAAAGGCAAGGAAAAGACCUGCCCCAUCGACACAUUGAAGCUAGGUGCGUGCGUGGACCUUCUAGGAGGACUGGUGCACGUGAUCGUGGGAGACCCCGCCGUGAACGAGUGCUGCCCCAUCAUCUCCGGCCUCGCCGAGAUCGAAGCCGCCGCCUGCCUCUGCACCACCCUCAAAAUCAAGGCCCUCAACCUCAAAGUCUUCGUUCCCUUAGCUCUCGAGCUCCUCGUCACCUGCGGCAAGACCCCGCCACCGGGCUACACUUGCUCUCUCUAAACAUUUGUGGAAUAUUCAAGUAUCUGACAUGAGAGGAUGUCACUUUUCAUAGUUCCAUUUCCUCAAUUUCUGGCUUUUUCCUUGUUAAAUUAUUUAAUUUGCAAUUGUUCAUCAUGAUUUCAUUAUGUAAAACUAGUUCCACGGCGAGGAAACAAUUAUUGAAGAUUAAUGUUUAAUC